GUCACCGUGCUUACACGUCGGUUUACGGAUACGGGUUCUUGAGUGCUAUCGCAUAUCUGGGAGUUUUCUGUGCUUUGUAAAAAAGGAAAUUUGGGAAGUGGAAGUCUAAGUGCGGUGAUUUUUGAAAGCCGUGUUAGAUUGAAUUGUCGGUGGAAAAUCAUUGAAGUGAAGUUGCUAAACCGAAAUCGUUAGCGAGUUUGAAAAAUUAUGUAGGAAGAAAUAUUUACAAUGUGGAAAUGUGACAACGGAAACGGAUGAUACUUGUUGAUUCAUGCUGAUGCCAAGAAGAUCCCAGUGACGGUUGGUUGUAAAUAGUGGAAAGCAUUAAAUUGAAUGCCGGGAUUAAUGUGAACGUGGUGUGCUUUCCGGGAAUUUUACUGGUGGGGACGAUCUGUGAAUCUAAUUAGACGGAGCACGCCAACAUAUGACAAAGCUAAGAGUGAGGAAAAUUCUGUGUUUGGGGACAAAUCUCCGCUUGUAACUCGUGGUGAUGAUGAUGUCCAUUUUCACAGCUCAAUAGAAGCUUCACGUCGCACGUCGCCUGCGUCAUCGUCAUCACUUCAAGCCAAAAGUGUCGACAUUUGGAAGUGAUUUGCUACUCGGCGGAAACCGAAACGUAUCGGCCAAAGAAAGGCAAUACACAUAGUAGCAUAAGUCGUGCUGUACUGCCAUUUGGGUUGGCUGGAUUGGUGUCAGCUAAUAGGAUUUGGGAUUAACGUUCGCUGUGUGAGUGUUCCUUUGAAUUGUGUGCUGGGGAAUUGUGUGACGGAGUUGUGUUCCAGGAACAUGGGCACCUGGUGAACAAGAAAUGUUCUAUGCUGCAUCCUUACGACGUAGUUAAGGAUCAUAAAUAAAAAACGAGAGCAAAACCGUCAGACUGCAAGCUAGACUGAGUGGAAAACUUCCACAGCAUAGAACAAAGCCUAGCAUAUCAACAAAAAGAGCCGGAAACAAGAUAAAAAUUCCACCCAAGCUACUUUGGAUGAGCGAGAACACAAAAGCACACCAAACGUUACUUCGAGCAAUGAGAGAAAAAACCCGGCAAACAUUAUAAUCCUCAAGUGAAACUGUUGUGCUGCAGGAAAAAAAAAGAAUAAAACAUCAGUGAAAAGUUAUGCCAGGAAAUCCAAUUUUUCUCGUCUUUGUUGCUAAUUCCACCGUAAUUCCCAUUAUUAGCGGUCCGUCUGCCAGCGAGUGAAGAAAAUCAAAAGAAUUAAUGUUGCUGAUUACUCAAAAGAACGGGAAAAAAGGUCAUCACACGAAUAGCGGAAAAUUCACCCCACAAUUGGACGCACAAACCUGCGAAAGCGAAAAUAAUUGAAAUGUUUUUAAGUGUAAUCUCAUUAGAAAUUCCAAGUUCAACGACCAAGGACGCGCGUCCUAAGUGAGUGGGAAAAGUGCAAAUCAAACGAGAAAAUGACGAGUUUUCCUCAGCAAUUUAGCGCAAGUUGAAGAGACAAACAACGAUUACUGAAGUGUUUGCGGCUGAAGUGGUUCAAGCAGUUGGAUAGUUUUGCGAAACCAGUUUGAAUUGCAUCGAGUUUGACGAGGGAGCCUGGGAAAGAAAAGAAAAAAUACGGUCAGGAGGUCGUCGGUCCAGCAGACAUAGUGGCGGACUUCGAGGAGCUAAGCACCCUAUCGCAGGAUCUCUUCGCAGAGUACGAGAACAGCACCGAGCUAGCAUGUUACCUGCAGGCGCACCUGGAUGCACAAGCCGAGAUUCCAUUCGAUGGCUGCCCGGUCAACUUUGACAGCAUCCUGUGCUGGCCGAAGACGCCAAGCAAUACCUGGGCGGUGCUUCCAUGCUUCAAAGAGUUCAAGGGCGUCGCUUAUGAUGCACGCCAAAACGCCACCCGCUACUGCCAUUCGGACGGUAAGUGGGACAACUACAGCCACUAUACAGCCUGCCAUCACAUGACAGAACCACCGCCGGACAUAGUCGAGGUCACAUCGAUCAUCUACUACUCCGGAUACAUCGUUAGCCUAGUUGCGUUAAGUCUCGCUGUGAUAGUUUUUGUCUACUUCAAGGAUUUACGUUGUUUGCGUAAUACGAUCCACGCAAAUCUGUUCAUCACCUACAUUCUGUCCGCCCUGAUGUGGAUUAUCAUUCUGACGCUGCAGCUCUCCGGCAGUCAGAGUGGCAUCGCUAGUUGUGUAAUACUCGUUACCUUGCUGCACUACUUCACGCUGACCAACUUCUUCUGGAUGCUGGUCGAAGGACUCUAUCUGUACAUGUUGGUUGUGGAAACGUUUUCCGGCGAUAACCUACGAUUCAAUAUGUAUGCGGCCAUCGGGUGGGGAGGACCCGGAGUGUUUGUGAUUAUGUGGGUCAUUGCCAAGGGCAUCACCAUUUCCGGUCUGGAUCAGGCGACCACGCUGGAAAUCGACUGUUCCUGGAUGCGAGAAUCGACCGUGGAUUGGAUCUUCCAGGGACCUGUGUGUGCGGUGCUCAUCAUCAAUCUAGUGUUUCUCAUACGAAUCAUGUGGGUAUUAAUAACCAAACUCCGUUCGGCCAACACCGUCGAAACGCGUCAGUACCGGAAAGCAUCGAAAGCCCUGUUGGUCCUGAUCCCGCUGCUUGGCAUCACCUACCUGGUGGUCCUGGCCGCACCGUCCGAGGGUGUCGUGAGUGACAUUUUCGCCGUCGCUCGGGCACUGCUACUCAGCACGCAGGGCUUUUCGGUGUCGCUGUUCUACUGCUUCCUCAACUCGGAAGUCCGCCUGGCCCUGCGGCACCGGCUGGAACGCUGGCGAGACGAGCGCAAUAUCCGGAUAGGUCAAGUCCGGCAACGAAGUCGCCGAUUCACCAACUCUGGCCUUUCGAAGGAAUGCUCGCCUCGCUCUAGAACUGAAAGUUUCCGGCCACUAACCUACAGCAAGCGCGAAAGCUGUGCAUCUUCAGCAACUACGACCACCCUGCUGGGACCUCCGGUGGGGGCGCAUGGUGCCUAUCCGAGUACGAUGCGUGGCUCCAAUGGUGCUCUCCAUCUGCAUGCAAUGGCACCGAGAGCCAUCAGUCCGCUGAUGCAGGGUCUGGACGAGAACUCGGUCUAAAGUGCAAAUUCAUCAUCGUCACCACCAUUCGGGAACUUCUCUUUCUGUUUGACUUCAGCUAGCCUAAUCUAACGAAUCUCUUCCAGGUUUUUUUCAUGGUCAAAUCAAUGUCUUGUACGCUUCAUGCUGUAAGUUAACUUUGCCUAUAGGAUAUAACUCAAAAAGGGAAACGAAAUGAGAUUUGUAUAUGAAAAUAUCUGAUAGUGUAUGGAAUUUCUUGUUGGAUCAUCGUACCGAGCUGUGUGCAUAAAUUAGGACAAUUAUAUUUUCGAGAAGAAAUAUUUAAGAUUGUUACCAUUCUGUUGUACAGCCUGAUCGGAGCCUAACUAGCCUAAAGGAAAAACGUACCGAUUUGUAUACUUUUAACUAAAUUCAUCGGUAUAUGUACAAAGAAAGAUUUUUUAAUUGGGGAAAUGUUUUUGCUAACGAAUAUUUAUGAAGCUCGAAAAGUCUUGUGUCAGUUUAGUAAUGAAUAGAUUUACAGAACAUGGAACGCGAUGAAGCUCUUGCAAGGUACAUCAAUAGCUGAAAUGCAACAGCAAAAAAACGAAAGCAGCAAAACUUUCCUCUAUCUCUAUAAAUGUUGAUGUCAGGUAAAAUUGUACACUAUCUGUAACAAAUACACACACAAUUUCUUUACAAGUUAUUUUUUCGAUGAUAUAAAUAUAAUGUCAACUAAUAUGGAGUCAA